CACGCGCCGUCGCCGACUCCGGCGCCGCCGCCGGGCCUGUCCGGCGGCGGCGCGCGGGCGCGUGCGCCGCUGGACGUGCGGCGGCUGGCGGGGCUGUCGGUCCUGCUGGCGGAAGACAACGCCAUCAACCAGCUGGUAGCAAAGAAAAUGCUGGCCGGCUUGGGCAUGAGCGUGGUCGUUGCAGGCAAUGGAGCAGAGGCGGUGAAAGCCGUGGAGGAGGCCGCGGCGCGGUCGCAGCAGCAGCAGCAGCAGCAGCAGCAGCAGCAAGGGGAGCAGCAGCAGCAGCAGCAGCAGCAGCAGCAGCAGCAGCAGCAGCAGCAGCAGCAGGGCGGGUUCUCCGUGGUGCUGAUGGACCUGCUGAUGCCGGUCAUGUCUGGGCUCGAGGCGACCGCUGCGAUCCGCGCGGCCGGCCACUCAGUGCCCAUCGUCGCGAUGACGGCCAACGCGGGCGACCGCGACAGGGCGGAGUGCGCGGCCGCCGGGAUGGACGGCUUUCUGCCAAAACCGGUGCUGAAAGACCAGCUGGCGGGGGCGAUACUGGCUGUGCUGCCCCGGGAGGGCGGCGCAGGCCCUGGGGCUGCCGCCGGCGGCGGCGAGUGA